CUCUAUAUAUAACUUGAUAUCCUCCCUCUCUUUCCCUCCCUCCUAAUUUUCUCUUCUGUUAUUUACAUUUGCUUUGUGCAGUAGUAAUUAGUCCCUCCUGCAGCCUUUAUUUUCCAAGUAAAUUAAGAAGCAUCUAUAUAUAACUCAAUCAUAUAUAUGGCACCUGUUUCGUUGCCUCCUGGUUUUCGGUUUCAUCCGACAGACGAAGAGCUGGUGGCGUACUACCUCAAAAGAAAGAUCAACGGGGGCAAAAUCGAGCUCGAGGUCAUCCGAGAAGUCGAUCUCUACAAGUGCGAGCCGUGGGAUUUGCCAGGGAAGUCAUUGUUACCCAGCAAGGAUCUAGAGUGGUAUUUCUUUAGUCCUCGAGAUCGGAAGUACCCGAAUGGCUCCAGGACUAAUCGGGCUACAAGGGCUGGAUAUUGGAAGGCUACGGGGAAAGACCGAAAAGUGAACUCUCAGAACCGUGCCGUGGGAAUGAAGAAAACCCUGGUAUAUUAUAGAGGGAGAGCUCCUCAUGGCCUCCGUUCUGAUUGGGUUAUGCAUGAGUACAGGCUUGACGAAAGAGAAUGCGAAACUGCCUCUGGCUUACAGAUGCAGGAUGCUUACGCGUUAUGUCGGAUUUUCAAGAAGAGUUUGGUUGCACCAAAGGUUGAGGAUCGGAAUUACUGUGUCACAGCAAAUCAUAAUUCGUCCAGAAAUAUCCAGAUUUAUUCUGAGGGAAGAGGUGAAGAAAAUAUGGACAUCUCAGACUAUGCAAUGCCGCCUUUAUCACCCUACACAUCUACCAACAAUUUUGUCAGGCACGGUCCUCCCCAUUGUUCAAGUAGCCGAAGUACUGCAGACGCAAGGUGGAUGCAGGGUUUGUCAGAUGAUUCAAAUCCUUUCACAAAUCCAGCUUUCUCGGAUUGCAAUCCCGGUUCAUAUCAGCCAUCUAAUGGUGUACAGUUGGAAUGCGCGAGGAUGCAACAGGGGCUCUCAUUGCCUCCGCUGCAAGUCCAUGAUUUUCCUCAGGCUGGAUUCGUCAGUCUAAACAACACUCAACCAUCAAGCGCUAUGUAUGGGAACACAGUCACCAAUCAUCAACAAGAUAUUCUGAAUGAAAUUAUUUCUGUAGCACAAGUUUCCGAGGAAAUGAUGAAUCAGAAUUCAUGGAUUAAAGAAAAUGGUUCUGCUCAAGAUGAUUUCAGCUUCUUGAAUCACAACAAUCAAGAUCAAGGCAUGAAUAUGGCUAGGUCCAUAGAGGCCAGCGGAUCGAAUGAGCAAUUCAAUAAUCAGAGAAUGGCUGAGAACCUGCGCUGGGUUGGAAUGUCAGGCAAUGAUUAUGAAAAGACUUUCCUCGAAGAGUACAAGACUGUUCCCAUACAGAACAUACCAGAUUUUCAAAGAGCGGAGCAUGAAGUUAAAGGUGAAACCAGUCAUCUGUACAACUUUGAUGAUCCAGAAGGAAAUGAAGAUUUCUCGCUUGGCCUACUUGUUGACGACAAUCCAGACGAUUGCAACUUCUUAUUAGAUGAAGCAGACUUGGGUGAUUUCUCGAGUUCUCAAGUGAUUGAAGUUUAUGAGAAGAUUGAAGUAAACCAAGGUCUGCUUGUUUCUACGCGUCAAGUUCCAGAAACAUUCUUCCACCAAUUGCACCCUUCAGAGACCGUUAAGGUCUAUUUAAAUCCUGUCAAACUUAAUCACUUUCCCAUAGCAAAAGUACUCGCUUCAACAACAAAGCCCAAGGACAUACAUCUGAGUGACAAGUUCAAAGCUACGAAGCCAUGCAGAAAAAGAGACAAUCCUGUUAUCAGCCUAAUUGCAGUAAUCUUCACAUACUUCUUACAUUUUGGACAGCAUUGUGAUAGAAGUGUCAAGGGAUGGAAUGGAAUCGAGACGCGGGAUUAUGAUGAGGAACAGAAGGUUGGUUUUGUGGGGAGAAUGGUGGGAAGCAGCAGUGUUGUUGUGAACAAGUUAUGGCAUUGUCUCUCCUUUGCUUUGGCCAUUUCUACCAUCUGGAUGCAGGAUCAAGUUAAAUAACUGUUCCAGCUUAUUCACAUCUGGGGAUCUAAUUAAUUAUGUUUACAUUUUAUAUAUACUAACCAUAUACAGUUGCUAGGAAAGACAAAUAGUCUUUAUUAAUUCAAGUCUUGUUAAUCAGAUUCCAGCGACAUUUUCCUGUCAAAUUUUAUGAAAGGGGAUGUCGUUUAACUUUUAUUUGUUUGUAAUUCAUGUAGUUUUUAAUUC